AUGGACUCCUCUCACAAUCUCCCCACCGUUGCUCUUAUAACGGGUGCUAACAGUGGACUUGGUUACGCGAUUGCCUGUCGCCUCAUCGUAGAGUUCUUCAACCCCGGAAUCGACGGUUACCCAGCAGUGGCAUCGGAUCCUGGCACUCUGAUUGUCUGCCUGGCUACGAGAAGCGUGGAAAAAGCGUUAUCUGCAAUCACAGGCAUUGAUACUUUCCUCGCUUCUCGACUUUCAGAGGGUGCGCGAUCCCGCCUCAAGCUUGCUCAUAUUACAAUUGAUCUUUCUUCACCAAAGUCAGUUAUCGCCGCAGCCACGGAGCUACGGAAUAGAUAUAGUCGGAUUCAUUACGUAUUUUGCAAUGCGGCUAUGGUCCCCUUUGUUCGUAUUGAUUGGGCCAUAGCCGCCCGACAGAUCGCGACCAACUUCAUAGAAGCAAUGACGGUUCCACGAUACAAGGUCCAAGGUGUCGGCUGGUUAACUGAAGCACAGUCCCACAAAAGCCAUGCUGCAGAACCACUGCCAGAACUAGGUGCCGCUUUUGCCGCAAAUGUUUUCGGACACUAUUACCUCCUACACGAAAUCAUGAAAACGCUGCAUGCAUCGGUUGCUGUAUCAGAAACACCAUCCCGUAUUGUCUGGGUGGGAUCCAUUGAGAGCGACCCUUUAACAUUCGAUAUAGACGACAUCCAGGGAAUCAAAUCAAACCGGCCAUACGAAAGCUCCAAGACACUUACAGAUAUUCUCGUUUUGGGGUCCUAUCUACCUGAAGCCCAGGAGUAUUUUCGCUCUUACAUAACAAUUCCAAUGUCCAGCAACUACACAGCUCCCGCCGAAUCUAUAGCCCCUGUAUUCCUGAUAGCGCAUCCCGGUAUAGUCUCAACAACAAUAGUAGCGAUUCCAUGGUGGCAAACGUAUGCGAAAAAUGUUGGGUUUUGGUUGUGCAGGGCUUUUGGUUCCCAUUGGCAUUGUAUAGACCCGUUCAUUGGGGCCAAUGCACCGGUGUGGCUGGCCCUUUCCCCUCAUGUAGAUCUAAUCAAAGGAAGGAAAUGGGGGUCAGCAUGUCUGUGGGGGAGUGGUGAAAUGGUACUCGAGACCCAGGUUGAUAGUGACGUUGCCGCUCAGUCGGCACAUCUUUGGUCACAAAUGGAAACGUUGCGGAAACUCUGGACAACUACACUAGAAUCUUAA